AACCAUAGGUUACGACCCACCAUGAUAAAUCGCGGAAAAUACAUCCACGAAGAGCAAUCCGUUCCAAUCCAUAAUUCAUAGACAUAUGCAGUAUCACGUAAGGAAACUUUGAACUCCCUCAGUGAAGUCGGAAAUUGCAACCAGAAAGUUUACCCUUCAUAUCCUACUUGAUCGCCCCUUUCCUAGAAGGGAAGUCACGCAGAAUAGCGCAAUCGCAUUUGACUCUCCCCACUCGAGCUCUCGGACAAGUCUAUCAGUCACGAUUGAGCUCUCAUCACUUCAACAAUGAACGGAACCGUCAUAGAGAAAAAGAAUCCAGUCGCAACCGUCUUCGAUCACGAGAAAGAUAUACAGCUGAGCAUUCAGCUGAAUCGUUGGAUGAUGGAGCUGAUUGGUGCGUGGCCGAAAUCCACCGCAAUCUCAUCGAUAAAGAGAUUCGCGUACGCAUUGUUAAACGUGAUUUGUGCGAGUUUAGUUAGCUUUCUCGUUAUACCUGCUGUCAUCUAUAUAGUGCUUGAACUGGAUGAUGCGUACCUUAUCGUGAAACGUUCCGGCUCACUGAGUUUCUGUACAGUGGUCAUCGUAAAGUACUUCUGGCUGCUCUUCCACGAGAAAGACAUUCGCAAUGCUAUGGAGCAUAUCAAGAAAGACUGGAUGAACACUCUAUAUUACGAUGAUCGAGUCGUCAUGAUUAAGAGCGCAAAAUUCAGUCGACGCCUCGUGGCGAUCUGCGCGUUCUUCAUGUACGGCGGUGCCAUAUUUUACUAUCUCGCUUUGCCCUUCAGUAAAGGCAAAGUCACGGAGGACGAUGGGAACCUGACGUACAGGCCGCUGGUGUAUCCAGUCGCCAGGAUCAUUGUUGACACGAGAUAUAGUCCUAUCAGUGAGAUUCUCUUUUGGGUGCAGUGCAUAUCGGGUUUCAUAGCACACUCCAUCACUGCCGGUGCAUGCAGCUUGGCCGCCGUGUUCGCGAUGCAUGCCUACGGCCGCCUGGAAGUCUUAAUACAAUGGAUCGAACAUUUAGUGGACGGUCGGGAAGAUCUCUGCGAUAACGUGGAUGAGAGAUUGACAAUGAUCGUGCAGCAGCACGUUCGAAUCUUGCGUUUUAUAUCGCUAACGGACAAGGUAUUGCGUGAAAUAUCUGUCGUGGAAAUUGUAGGAUGUACGAUAAACAUAUGUUUUCUUGGAUAUUAUACACUCACGGAAUGGGAGAGUAAAGAGACUACAAGUUAUAUAACGUAUUUUGUUCUGCUUAUAUCUCUUACGUUCAAUGUUUUUAUAUUUUGUUACAUCGGCGAACUUGUUGCCGAAAAGUGCAAAAAGAUCGGCGAGGUAUCGUACAUGAUCGAUUGGCAUCGUCUGCCAGAAAGAAAGGGCCUCGCUCUCGUGUUGAUGAUCGCUGUCUCCAAUACGUCGAUCAAACUUACCGCUGGAAAUUUCUUCGAGUUGUCUCUCAGUACUUUCGGCGACGUAAUUAAGACAUCUGUCGCUUACGUAAACAUGCUGCGAACAUUAACUACAUGAAAUUUGUUCGAAGAGUAGAAAUUGUUAAUGCAAUCAAUUGAUUGUAAAUAAAUGUCAAUUAGUUAUUCGAAUUAUCCCAUAUAGAAAUAGAGAAAAUGAA